AACAGCUUGGCUCGGCGGCCGCAGAGGCUGGGCCGCAGCCAGGGCGCAGUGGCUACGGCAGCGCCCUUAAAUAGCAUCCGGAGCCGGGACUGGACAGGCAGUGGGCUGCGGUGACAGCCGGCGGCGCAGCGGCCCGGCCAGCCGAGAAUUCAGCUUAGGGAGCCACCAACACGGGACGAUGCAAGCCCACGAGCUGUUCCGGUAUUUUCGAAUGCCAGAGCUGGCUGACUUCCGACAGUACGUUCGCACGCUGCCGACCAACACGCUCAUGGGCUUUGGAGCUUUUGCAGCCCUCACCACCUUUUGGUACGCCACGAGGCCCAAAGCCCUGAAGCCACCAUGCGACCUCUCCAUGCAGUCUGUGGAGGUGGCGGGUAGCGAUGGUGCUCGGAGAUCCCCGCUACUGGAUAGCGAUGAGCCCUUGGUGUAUUUCUACGAUGAUGUCAGAACCUUGUAUGAAGGCUUCCAGAGGGGCAUCCAAGUGUCAAAUAACGGCCCAUGUUUAGGCUCUCGGAAGCCAGACCAACCCUACGAAUGGCUUUCAUACAAACAGGUUGCAGAGAUAUCCGAGUGUGUGGGCUCAGCACUCAUCCAGAAGGGCUUCAAGGCUGCCCCGGAUCAGUUCAUUGGCAUCUUCGCUCAGAACAGGCCUGAGUGGGUGAUCAUUGAACAGGGAUGCUUUGCUUACUCUAUGGUGAUCGUUCCCCUCUACGAUACCCUUGGAACAGAAGCAAUCACCUACAUAGUCAACAAAGCUGAACUCUCUCUGGUUUUUGUUGACAAGCCAGAGAAGGCCAACCUUUUAUUAGAUGGUGUAGAAAAUAAGUUAACACCAGGCCUUAAAACCAUUGUCCUCAUGGACUCCUAUGGCAUCGAUCUGUUGGAACGAGGCAAAAGGUGUGGCGUGGAAAUCAUCAGUAUGAAGGCAAUGGAGGACCUGGGAAGAGCCAACAGACAGAGGCCGAAGCCUCCAGCACCUGAAGAUCUUGCGGUCAUUUGUUUCACCAGUGGCACUACGGGCAACCCCAAAGGAGCACUGAUCACUCAUCGAAAUGUAGUGAGCGAUUGUUCAGCUUUUGUGAAAGUCACAGAGAGCGUUCUUGCCUUGAAUGCCAGUGACACACACAUUUCGUUUUUACCACUUGCACACAUGUAUGAGCAGCUGCUGCAGUGUGUAAUGCUGUGUCAUGGAGCUAAAAUAGGAUUUUUCCAAGGAGAUAUCAGGCUGCUUAUGGAUGACCUCAAGGCACUUCAACCCACAGUCUUUCCUGUGGUCCCCAGACUGCUGAACCGGAUGUUUGACCGAAUUUUUGGGCAGGCAAACACCACGCUGAAGCGAUGGCUGUUGGACUUCGCCUCCAAGAGGAAAGAAGCAGAGCUUCGCAGUGGCAUCAUUAGAAACAAUAGCCUGUGGGACAGACUCAUCUUCCACAAGAUACAGUCGAGCCUGGGAGGAAAAGUCAGGCUGAUGAUCACAGGAGCUGCGCCCGUGUCCGCCACCGUGCUGACGUUUCUGAGAGCAGCGCUCGGCUGUCAGUUUUAUGAAGGCUACGGACAGACCGAGUGCACUGCCGGUUGCUGCCUGACCGUACCUGGGGACUGGACAGCAGGCCAUGUUGGUGCCCCAAUGCCUUGCAACCUUAUAAAACUUGUGGACGUGGAAGAAAUGAACUACUUGGCUUCCAAGGGCGAGGGUGAGGUGUGUGUGAAAGGACCAAAUGUAUUUAAAGGCUACUUGAAGGACCCAGCGAAAACAGCAGAAGUUCUGGACAAAGACGGCUGGUUACACACGGGGGACAUUGGAAAGUGGCUUCCAAAUGGUACCUUGAAGAUUAUCGACAGGAAAAAGCACAUAUUUAAACUGGCACAGGGAGAAUACAUAGCACCCGAGAAGAUUGAGAAUAUCUACCUGCGAAGUGAACCUGUCGCUCAGGUGUUUGUCCACGGAGAGAGCUUGCAGGCAUUUCUCAUAGCAAUCGUGGUACCAGAUGUUGAGACAUUAUGUUUCUGGGCCCGAAAGAAAGGAUUUGAAGGCUCCUUUGAGGAACUGUGCAGGAACAAGGACGUCAAAAAAGCCAUCCUGGAAGACAUGGUGAGGCUUGGGAAGGAAUCCGGCCUGAAACCAUUUGAACAGGUCAAAGGCAUUAGCCUCCACCCUGAAUUAUUUUCUAUCGACAAUGGCCUCCUGACCCCAACGAUGAAGGCAAAACGGCCCGAGCUUCGGAAUUAUUUCAGGGCACAGAUAGACGAACUUUAUUCCACCAUCAAAGUUUAAUGCCAGGAAGAAACCACACCCCUCCGCAGUCUCCUGCUGAUGGCCUUCACGUUGGUAAUUUUGACUAGAGCGCGCAUAGGAAAGGGAGCGUCCACGUUUGACUUGUGCAUUCGGGGUUCUCGUCAUAAGAAUUUUAGAGGACACGGAACACUGCCUUACGGUCACCUCCUGUUGCAGACCAUGUAUAUGGUGAUACACAAUUUCCAAAAUGAGCCUUAAAAUCAUAAAGGGGAAACGAUCCACGUGCUAAGUUAUUUGAGACUUCCUCCGUUUAAAAAAAAAAAAAAAAAAAGGCGGGUGAAAACUUCUGUCUCCCAGUUUUCUAACCAAGGGAUUAGGACUUUGCUAUUUCUGAGAUGUCUGCUACUUACUGCAAAUUCUGCUGCUCUGCAAGGUACAGUGCACUGGAAGAAAGCUGCCCCUUCAAAGCAAGGACUGUCCCAGCUGGAGAACGUGGCAAGCGGGCCAGAGAUUUUUUUUUUAAACCCCUGUCUCCUCCCUUUGCCCACUUCACACGCGCUCCUACGAGCCUUCUGCUGUCGGGUCCCGGAGCGGCGCGUGCUUGUCGGCAGUCCCUGAUGUCCUGUCGGAGCAGAAGGCUCCCGGGGACAGAACAGAUCCGAUUCAGAACAGCACAGGCGUCAGUCUCGGAUGAAUGGGCGCUCACCUGAGCGGGCGGCUUCCGGCGCCCUCGGAGCAGAAUGACCUCAGACCCUCUUCUCCAGACCCGAUUCCUGUCCCCCACUCCCCCCACCCCCUCCCAGGGGUUAUUAAAAAGUCUGCCUUAGACUCUGCAGUGAAGACAAGCAUUUCAAGAAGGAAGUAAUUACCUGGAUCGCCCAUGCUCAACUGUGACGCCUAAUGAACUGGCCCUUUUAUCUCUGCUGAACCAGUCAUUCUUUGUGAUGGCCAACGGAUUUUUAAUGUGGUUUUCAUAUCAAAAGAUUGUGUUGUGAUUAAGUGGCUUUUUCCACCCCCGAAUAAAUUCUCAGGCAGGGCAUGUCUUUAAACCUAUUAAGGGAAUAGAUAUACUUGGGUACUUAUUGAAAUGGACAGUAAUAAGCAAAUGCUCUUAUAAUGCUACCUGAUUUUUAUGAAAUGUGUUUGACAAGCCAAAAUUCUAGGAGGUAGAAAUCUGGAAAACUCAUUUUCUGGGAUUAACAUCUCAAGGGAUUUUUUUUUUUUUCUUUUAAAGAAAAAGUUCAUUUGGGAAUUUAGCUGCAUUUCACUUGAGUGCAAGUCUUUGCUACGUGUGACUGAAUUAGGUUGUCAUUUAUACAUUGAAAGCAGCUGGUUUGGGGUUUGUGAGAGUUCCGUGUAUUAUAUACAGGCACGACAGGGUUGACACCGAAGAACUGUCAUCAUAGUAACAGUAUCUGGUAGCCUAACUUCAUAUGUGUGUUCUUCCUUGCACAAAAAAGUCAAUAGUUUGUCACCUUGGGGUUUUGAAUGUUUGCUUUAAGUGUUGGCUAUUUCUAUGUUUUAUAAACCAAAACAGAAUUUCCAAAAACAAUGAAGGAAACCAAAAUAAAUAUUUCUGCAUUUCAAGCAA